GCGAAACAUGGAAGACGCUUGGGGGCAACGUCCAGUACAGCGAGCAGAGGGUCAACACGUGGUGCACUGCGAUGAUGGACGAUUGCCUGAAGGAGUUCGCCAAGGCGGCCAAGCCCUUCAAGUACGCGGUCACCUGCAUCAUCAUGCAGAAGAACGGCUCCCCGUUGCACACGGGCCUCGCGCUACACAGGGACACGAAGACAGACGGCGUCGCUUGCGUCCAGGUGGGCCUCGACACCAUGGACGUCAUCGUCACGGUCUGCGCCUGCAUGAUCUGA